AAAAUAUCAAGCUUUAUAUUUUGGAUGUUAUUUCUCCAUACUUGAUGAAGCUGCAAAUGUUCUAAUAUACCCAAUAUUUAAAGUCAAGUAAACAACAAACCAUUAAACCUUUUUUUUAACCAUUAAACCUUAAUUAACAGAGAAUUUGUUGUUGAAUAAAACCAACCGAAAGAGUACUAAUUUACUCAUUUAUCUUAUUUCUUUCUAAACGAUCAAGACCAUCCGGUGGGUACAAGCCAUUACUCAUGUAUAUAAGAGGCACAAGCCGGUAGUAAAAUCUGAGUCGGUCGGUCUUAAAAUCGCAUAGAUUUACUCUGUUCGUACUCAAAAGAUUUCGCGUAUCUAGAAAACGUUGCAGUGUGAAAACAAAAAUCACUUUCCGUGUAAAAAUAAUAUAAAAUGAAAAGAGAAGAAUUUAUUGAUAACCUAACUAACAACCAAAAGAUGAAAAACACGAUACCAACUUCUACCUGCAUUCUAAAGUUUCUUUAAAUGUUGUAGCUGUCUCCUUUGCAUUUCCCAUCUUCUCUCCUUAUUUCUCUCCCUCACUCCUAAAACUUAAAUUCACAUUUACAUAUAUUAGUUUUUUUUUCAUUUAUAUAUUUUCCUCUCAUCUCAGAUCUUCUUUCACCCUCUUCUCUUUUCCAUUGUUCUUUGGAUCAAGAAUCAAGUACUAUUGUCUUACAUAAUCGACAUAAGAGCUCUUAUGGACCAAGAUGGUCCGAACUACGAACCAGAAACGGUGCCGUGCAGCAACAGCAGUUGCAAGAGCAAGAUUGUUCCUGGAGAUGGAAGCAGCGGUCCGAAGAAAAUAAAAUCUCAGAAGACAAGAAAACGACGAGAAUUGAUGUCGUAUAGUGAGCUUCCGGAGUACAUGAAGGAUAACGAAUAUAUAUUGAAUUAUUACAGAGCUGAAUGGUCCAUUAGAGAUGCUUUCUUCAGCGUCUUCAGUUUCCACAAUGAGUCCCUCAACGUCUGGACACAUUUACUUGGUUUCAUUUUAUUUGUGGGACUAACCGUAGCUAACAUUAUGCAUCACGAUAAAUUCUUCCCCGUGGAUGCAAAGAGUCCAGGGAAUGUAACAAGAUGGCCAUUUUUCGUCUUCUUAGGAGGCUCAAUGUUCUGCCUUCUCUCAAGCAGUAUUUGCCACCUCUUCUGCUGCCACUCCAAAGACCUUAACGUCUUCCUCCUCCGCAUAGACUAUGCCGGUAUCACUGCCAUGAUCAUCACUUCUUUCUUCCCACCAAUCUACUACAUCUUCCAGUGCACUCCUCGUUGGUACUUCAUCUACCUCGCAGGCAUUACCUCUAUGGGAAUCUUUACGAUCAUCACACUCUUCACUCCAUCACUUUCCUCUCCCAAGUACCGAGGUUUUCGAGCUUUGCUCUUUGCCUCCAUGGGGCUUUUCGGGAUCGUGCCUGCUGUCCAUGCGAUAGUGGUCAACUGGGAAAACCCGCAAAGGAACGUGACACUCAUGUACGAGCUGGGCAUGGCAGUGUUCUAUCUUGUUGGGACAGGGUUCUAUGUAGGUAGAGUACCUGAGAGGCUUAAACCUGGAUGGUUUGACCGAGUAGGACAUAGUCAUCAGAUCUUCCAUGUGUUCGUUAUGUUGGGUGCUUUGUCCCACUAUGCAGCUGCUCUUCUGUUCUUAGACUGGCGCGACCAUGUUGGUUGUUAAACCAUGAUAUAUUUUGUAGUAGUUCUUUUGAAGAUUUUUUUUUUUAAUUAUUAGUGUGUUUGUAUCAAACCCAUUCGUUGUUAAAUUAAAUUGUAAUUCGACUUGUGCUAUUUUAUUGAAUAGUAUGAUUUUCAGAAGUGCUGGAUAUGCUA